ACGUUUCCGGUUAAACAGGCUUCUUCUUCUUGUGUUUUCUUGAGACUGCGGAACGUGUUUGUCGUUAAAUCCUGAAACUUCAUAAAUGUGACUGCAGCGGUGGUUCUGUCUGUCUCUGGGUCGGACUGACCCGGGUCAGCCAGGUGUGUCCACCAGCUGCUGAUUGGCUGCACUCACCUGCAGCAUUAAAGGUUGCUCAGUGCUUCCUGAAGCUGAAGGUGACCUCCAGCCUCCGCUGUCAGAGCACUGCAUCAUCAUCUUCAUCAUUUAAAAUCGUCUCCCCCGUCUGUGUUUCUGUCUGCGUCGGCUGGUUGAACAGAGAGCGAUGGCCGGUCCAGAGCUCCUGCUGGACUCCAGCAUUCGGCUGUGGGUGGUCCUGCCCAUCGUCUUCAUCACCUUCUUCGUGGGGAUCAUCCGUCACUACGUAACGCAGCUGCUCCACAGCGACAAGAAGGUGGACCUGGAGCAGGUUUCUGACAGCCAGGUGCUCCUGCGCAGCCGCAUCCUCCGAGAGAACGGAAAGUACAUUCCCCGACAGUCCUUCGCCAUGAGGAAACAUUACUUCAAUGACGCAGAGACCGGCUUCUUCAAGAAGGUCAAGAGGAAGGUCGUCCCCAAGAACCCCAUGACAGACACCAGCAUGUUGACGGACAUGAUGAAGGGAAACCUGACCAACGUCCUGCCGAUGAUUGUGAUUGGUGGAUGGAUCAACUGGGCGUUCUCUGGAUUCGUCAUAACCAAGGUGCCGUUCCCUCUGACUCUGAGGUUCAAGCCGAUGUUACAGAGAGGGAUUGACCUGCUGUCACUGGACGCCUCCUGGGUGAGUUCGGCGUCCUGGUACUUCCUGAAUGUGUUUGGACUGAGGAGCAUGUACAGCCUGAUUCUGGGACAGGACAACGCCGCUGACCAGUCCCGGGUCAUGCAGGACCAGAUGACGGGGGCUGCCAUGGCGAUGCCCCCUGACCCCAACAAGGCUUUUAAGAGCGAGUGGGAGGCGCUGGAGAUCGUGGAACACAAGUGGGCGUUGGAGAACGUGGAGGAGGAGCUGAUGUCCAGAGACCUUAACUUUGGAACCUUCUUCAGCCAGGACCUCAAGUCCACCAUGUUCUAGGACUACGAGGACCCGCGAGCUCUGGACCGCCUGUGAACGGUUGGAGAACUCGGUCUGUGCCGUCGAACCCGAGGAAUCGAGAACACGUAGACCUGCAGGUUCUGGAACAGUUUACACAAAUUCACUUUAAGUGUGUAAAAGUUGCACACAACUUAGUGCCUUCAGAACUGAACAAAACAUAUUAAAUAUAAAACGAAGACGGUACUUUUAGCUAGAAUCCACUAAUGCAACAGUCCAGCUCUCCGGAGACGUCAGACGUACGUUAACGCAACAACGUCAGUCUCUAGAUCUUUAAUAGGUCCACUUACUGACUUUUUCCAGAGCUUUCCAACAACUCUGGCGUUGGUGUAUUUGGCCCGGCCUGAGUCCCGCCCCUUUUUGCUCUGUGCUCCAAUAACAGUUGAGCAAACCUCGGUCAGGUUCCUGCUAGGUGCUAGGCUAACUAACUAGCAGUUUGGCUGAUAUUAAGAUGUGACUAUAUUUAACCGUCUUUAAUGUGGUUGUCUUUUCAACAUAGACGAGGCUAGCACAGGAAGGAGGAAACGGGCCGGCGCUCGCUCAACUGUGAUUGGAGCACAGAGGAAAAAGGGGCGGGGUUUCCAGAUAUUUGCACUCUUUGUGUAUUCACUGUUCCAGAACACGAAUUCUCAGAAUCCUCUUCGCUCUUUGAGGCGCGAGGCAGACGAGUUCUAGAAAAGUUCCCAAAGGAUCCAGAACCGCGAACCAGCAGAUUCUGCACCAGACGAAUCCUCUCAGGGAGGCGUUCCUCUCGGGCGCGGUGCAGGAACCAGAGGCGGUGUUGGAAGACGGCGGGGACGUUUCUGGAUGGCGAGGCGGUCAGAGGAGCUUUUUAAAAUGACGGCAGGCGUUCAUGUUUUCUUCCUGCGGGACACUUUGCAUGUACUUUUCUACACCGCGGCCGUCCAGCCGAGGCUGCUGUCACACAGUGAGUGCAACAGUUCAAUAAAAGGUGCCAUCAUCA